CAACCUUUAUUACUUUAUCACAUUACUCCCGAUUGGUCUAUCCAUGUCAUUCAUUUGAUUAUACGCCUCUGGAGGCACCCCGAGCUGGCUAGGCAGGUGCGUCAUUUGGGGGCUUCAUGGCUGGGCUGCGACGGUAGACCCUGUAAAGGACUAAGCGAGGACGAAACCGUGGGGGACGAAGUGGUCGAAUUCGUCGACAAUGCAUUGGACGAAAUCUUCGAGCCAGAGGAAGAAGACACGAGGACCAAAUGGAGAGAGCAUCUGCUGAUCCCCUGCAAGGAGGCCUGGUUAGGGCUACUUCUCGUCCGCACCACCCAUCUGAAAACCAUCGAGUUCUCCCACGGGUCCACGGGGCUGAUGUCGGACAUUCUGCGCAAGGCCGCACGGCGCCAGCGACCCUUCCACCGUACCCCUCCCUUUCCCCAUCUUCAAGCAGUCUUCGUCUCAUCCCAAACAGCCGAUACAUGGGUUGAUCCGGCAUUUCUCCAGCCCUUCUUCUAUCUCCCGGCGGUCCGAAAGAUCAAUGGCGGACCCAUGGGCGAGUCAGACCUGGACGGCACCGAGACCUGGUCGCGGGACAUCCGCUAUUGUUCACGCUCGGUGCGCGAGUUCACUAUCAGGCCGUCGUGGUGGUGCCACAGCAUUCUCGACUGGCUCGCCGCGAGCCCGGCGCUCGAGCAUGUCGCUCUUGUCUUCAGGCUGCACCCGGAUGAGGGCCAUCUGCCGGAUAAGCGCAAGUUCCACGCUCCGGAAUUCCGACACGCGCUCCUCCCGUUCACCAGGACGCUCCGAACCCUUCACCUCCAAGUCGAAGUCCCAUUCGCGGAGGACUGGCGGUCGGUCACCCACGACACGCGGCCGUUCGGGUGCCUCCGGGAGUUCGCCGUGCUCGAGGUCCUGCGCAUACGGUGGGUGCACCUCCUGCAAGCUCCCCCCACUACCCGGGUUCUCCGCUUCCGGGCAAAGGAGACGCAGUCGCUUGUUGACAUCCUCCCCGCUUCGCUGCGGCGGCUGGACGUUCUGGAGGUCGAGGAGCAUGAUUGGAUCGACGUGCUGUUACAGCUGUCGCGGUUGGUGCAGCACCAGGCCUCGUUCCCGCGAUUGGAACGAGUGGGGGUUCACGUGAGGUACGUCGAUCGAAAUCUCCUGCGCUCGUUGCGCCAGGAAUUCGCGCUCACGGGGAUCUACUUGACGGUGGAGGUGCAAGAA